AUGAGCGAUGCAGACGAAGGCUCACUGACAGCAGCAUGCAGCGUCACGGGGAUGUUUGUGCUGCCGCUGGUGAUAUGGCUAGCAGAUGAACAGCCGGCUUUGAUAGCUGUAUCUCAGCUGGCUUCGUUUGACAAGCAGGCAUGGCUUACUUUAGGGUGUUGGGUGACGGCGGGCACUAUUCCCUUUUUCAAGAGUUUAGCGACCAACACACUCAUGAAGACCUCCGGCGCCCAGGUUUGGCGCAUCAGCGAACUGGCCUCCGUAACGGCUAUCUUCAUCUGUUCUUUGCAGAUGUGUGGUGCCGUAGGAGUGGUCCUUUGGGGAGGAAUGGCUUUGUUGUUAAUGGGGAGGCUGUGCUGCGCAGUGGACAGCUACCAGGAGAGGAGAGAAGCAGACCCGCGACUGAGUCGCACGUAUUACUCUCGCCGCCUCAGCAGCCGCAGAGACUCUUCUAUGGAGGAAUCCUUAGCCGUCAUUGAGGAAGGCCUUCUGGAUCACAUGUCUGCUGAACAAGCAAACGAUAUCACGACCAAACUAACUGGCCUUGUCAAGGCGUACGUCACUCGCACACAAUGCGAAGACCUCACCCUUCUCAAGAACAUGGGUGGAGGAGACGGCAUCGCUCACAUGUUGCACGUCCCCCGGACCAUUGGUCUUUCAGAUCCUGAAGAUAUUGAACAGCGGCGCAAGUUAUUUGGGGUGAACCGCCUUCCCUCCCGUGCCUCCGCUUCUUUCCUAUCCCUUUGUAUUGACGCUGCUUCUGACAAUACCCUGCAGAUUCUCAUGGUCUGCGGUCUGGCCUCCAUCAUCCUCUCCCAACUCUUUGGCGAAAACCCUCAAGUUGAAUGGAUGGAAGGGGCUGCGAUUUGGGUGGCCGUGUUGGUGGUUGUCCUAGUGACAGCAGGCAAUGACUGGCUUAAAGAGCAGCAGUUCCGUCAGCUCUCUGCAGUUAAAGACGACAAGAAUUGCACAGUGUUACGGGAUGGCUGCCCUACACAAGUUUCCGUGUUCGACCUCGUGCUGGGCGACCUGCUGCAGUUUGAAGCGGGAGACGAGCUACCAGCAGACUGCGUGGUGAUUUCCUGUCGUGGGCUGCGGAUGGACGAGUCCUCCUUGACAGGAGAAUCUGAAAUGAUCAAAAAAGACACCUACGAAGACUGCAUGGCGCAGCUUGUAGACGGCAACGCACGCAGCCCCAGGUCGAUGCAACACCACUUCAUUUCCUCUCCCGUUGUUCUCUCCGGGACAACUGUAAACAGCGGAAGCGGUACUGCUAUCGUCAUAGCGGUUGGUCCACAUUCGCAAGCAGGGCAGCUGUACCAGAAGCUUUCCUUCGACACAGAAGCAACGCCUCUCCAGCUCAAGUUGAAUGCGCUUGCUGGAGAUAUAGGCAAUUUUGGGCUCAUAUGCUCCAUUAUUGCAUUUUUCGUCCUUGUGUUGGAGUAUUGGAUUAUUUAUGCAUACACGGAAAUCGAUCAGCGGCCGCCGCUCCUGGGUAUCGUCAGCAGCCAUGUGCACUUCUUUGUCACCGCCAUAACGGUGCUCAUAUCCUUGGCGUAUUCCAUUGGGCAAAUGCUUGCCGACCAGAACUACGUACGGCGUCUGGGGGCGUGCGAGACCAUGGGUUCUGCCAACGAAGUGUGUUCAGACAAGACAGGGACUCUUACAAGAAAUCAAAUGAGCGCCGUGGAGUUUUGGGAUGGAGCCGAAACCGUCCGCAUUCCCUCUGCCUCUUUUGCAGGUCCAGAAACAACGGGUGUGCCAGGUUUCAACAAAAGAACAGAAAAGUGGGAGCUCGUCUCCGAAAGUAUUGCUUUGAAUUCAACAGCAUACCUCGAAAAAAUGGAGACGAUGACGCUGAACAACGGCCAGGAAACAGCUCGCUACACUGUGAAGUAUGUGGGAUCUGCAACGGAAUGUGCCCUACUAGAAUACAAUGACUUCAUCUGCGGGGCAGAUUACGCAGAAACACGGCGGGUUAAAGGAUCUGAUCUCCUCAUCGCCCACCGGGAAGAAUUUUCUAGCGACCGAAAGAUGAUGACGACGGUGGUUUACCGAGAGGGGUGUGGAGAGUCGCAGGUGCGGGUCUACGUAAAGGGCGCCGCGGAAAGGGUUCUCCAGUUGUGCAACGGCGUGAUGACUGCCGACGGCCAGAUUCAAAAGUUGCAUCAGGAACAGAAGAAGGAUAUUGAAGACCGCGUCAUCGGGAUGGCCCGUGAGGCCCUCCGGACAAUUUGCAUUGCGUAUCGCGAAUUCAGCACAGACGCGGUGCCCAACUGGAAGGAGAAGCAGCCUGCCCCGAAGCAGUUGUUUUUAGUUGCCGAACAAGACCUUAUUUGUUUAGGCAUAUUCGGCAUCCAGGAUCCCGUGCGAGACGAAGUGCCCGGAGCCGUGGAGAGGUGCCACCAAGCAGGCAUCAACGUGAGGAUGGUGACGGGCGAUAAUCUGAUUACCGCAAAAGCCAUCGCAAAGAAAUGUCACAUCUUCAACGAAGAAAGAGGAGACCUGGCAAUGUUGGGACCCGACUUUACGCAGCUCGUUGGCGGCGUCGUCUGCCAGACAUGCCGAACGGUCACCUGCGGCUGCGCCACGGAUGCGAAGACAGCAGAGGCCGAGGGAAAGAACCUCCGGGUGGAUGUUAUCGGGAACAUGGAUGCCUUUGAGCGCAUUUGGAAGCGACUUCAAGUGCUGGCUAGAUCGCAACCGUCCGACAAAUACGUCCUCGUCACAGCCUUGAAACAACUAGGCCAGGUUGUCGCUGUCACGGGCGACGGCACCAACGAUGCACCGGCACUGAAGAAAGCAGACGUCGGACUGGCUAUGGGCAUUACCGGCAAAGAAGUGGCGAAGCAGGCGGCCGAUAUCGUCAUGUUAGACGAUAACUUUCAGUGCAUUGUGCAGGCUGUGAAGUGGGGACGGAAUGUCUAUAGCAAUAUCCGGCGCUUUCUGCAGUUCCAACUCACCGUUAAUGUGGUGGCUGUGAUCACCACAAUUGUCUGCGCAGCUGUACUGCGAGAUUCGCCCUUAACAGCUGUUCAGAUGCUAUGGGUCAAUCUCAUAAUGGACAGCUUCGCCUCGCUGGCCCUCGCUACGGAGCUGCCAACGCCCGAUCUUCUAAAGGAGAAACCGCAUCACCGCCACCAGUCGCUCAUCUCGCGGUCUAUGGCACUCACCAUCACAACUUCUGCGGUGUACCAACUCGUCGUCAUGAUGGUUCUCAUCUUCUUCGGAGACUACUUUCUACCGGAAAAAGAGUGGGGGUACCUCUUGCCGGCAGACCGAUCAAAUAAUGACUUCUGUGAAUUCUCAGACUGCGAUCCAGCGACAGGGCCUCACGUUGGAGCAGUGGUUCUUGAGCAUUUUGAUUGGCUUCGUUGGCUUACUGUUCGCACGCAUCCCCUCACGUUGGAGCAGUGGUUCUUGAGCAUUUUGAUUGGCUUCGUUGGCUUACUGUUCGCACGCAUCCCACAGUGUUUUCCGCGGAUUACUCGGAUUUUUCCAGAGUUUGGAAUGAGAGAAGAGGAUAUUACAGAGAAGACUUCCCUCGCCCUGGGUCUUCGGGGUCGAUCGCCAUCUCGCAUGAACGACCGCUGCAUGAUCAGCACUCUGGCUGUUGCUAAGAAGUACGCAAGACGCGCCAAAGUCCUGACAAUAAGCAGAAUGAAGGCACGGAGGGGCGCACCCCAAGCCGAGCAACCAACGGGUACAGCGGUCACCGACGCCUACCUGCCGGUGCAGGUGGCUGCUUGA